AUGUUCAGUUCACUUCUACCUCCACCGAAGCAUUCAUCAUAUACCAGAGAUUCGAGUUCAUCUCUCAUAAAAAUAUCAAAACCAAAAGCAGAUAAAUUAUCUCAAAAAGUGCUAACAUUACCACAAUCAUCAUCAUCUACCUCAUCAGCCAUAAUACAGACAAAUCAAGAAGAUGGAUCCAUAUCAAAGCUCGUGAUUAAAGAUGACGGAUCUAUAGAUUAUAGUCAAACCAUAGCAUUGGCAAACAAUAAGGAUAAUCGAUCAGUACAGACCACAUAUGAAGAUACGAUUCCAUUGAAGAAACGAUAUCCCAAUUUAAAACAUCAUUUUCCAAGAUAUACUUUACAAACUUGUCCUGAUGAUUCAAUACAGAAUUGUGUUGAUGAAACCAAAGAUGUCAUAACUAAUAUAAUGAACGCCAAACUAGGUAUAACCAAAGAUAAAUCCAAAUCAGAUGUGAAUAUUAUAAAAUAUACUUCAAAUGAUGUAUUAGGAAUUAAUAAUGAUGAAAGAGAAGGUAGACCACAAGAACGUAUAAUUCAAGUUCGAGAAUAUAUGGAAGAUCCAAUGUUACCACCUAAAUUCAAAUUAAGAAAGAAUAGACAUAAGAAUCCUUCACCACCUCCGCCAAUAUUAAAGAAUGUCAAUGCUUCAGAAUCAAAAAUAACUAAAGAAGAUCGUGAAAAAUGGAAAAUACCAGCCGCUAUUUCGAACUGGAAGAAUAAUCAAGGGUUCACCAUAUCAUUGGAUAAAAGAAUCAUUGCUGCUAAUGGUGGAAGUGAGACGGAAAUAGCUCCUGAUGCAGUUAAUAUUCAAAAAUUUGGUGAAUUAUCAAAUGCAUUAGAACAAGCUGAUAAACAAGCUCGAGAAGAUUUAAUUGCUAAACGAGAAUUAGCAAAGCAAAAGGCUAUAGAAGAAAAAGCUCAAAAGGAAUUACAAUUGAAACAAUUAGCAUCAUUAUCUCAACAUGAAAGAAAACGUCAUCAACAAUAUGAUUCUUAUGAACCUACAAAUUACAAGCGUCAUAAAUGA